UUUUUUUAUGGAUGAGGUACGCUUGCAUCGAAAAGAGUGAAGUUAAAAGAAGGACACUGGGCGAAAAUUGGAUGCAUUUGAUGUGUUUCAAGUUUUUUGGAGCCUAAAAUGCAUUAACGCUUAACACUUGCAAGUUGUUACAGCGAAGGAAUACCGUAAUUUGUCUGGAGAAAGUCAUACAAUGGAAUGUGUGUCGGCGUAGAUGAUCUUCUUCAUGCUGCUGUCUGAAGAGCUUGGGCGGAAGAAGAGCAACAAGCAUGGACGUGGAAGACUUUCCUCCCCCACCUCCUGAAAUGUUGGCAGACAGCGUCCCUUUUGCUGAUGAAGAUCAGGGGGAAGCCUUUGACUUUGAUGACAGUGGUGAUGACAUUCCUCCUGAGGCUGACAGCCUGCCCCCUGCACCUCCACCUCCUCUAGCCCCCAACAGCAAGGGACAGAGCCAGGACAACAUGGUGGCCAGUCACCCUGAAGGCCCUAUUCCAAGCCUGGAACCCCCAGCACCUUCAACAACAUGUGACACAGCGCCAUCAGUAGACACAGCAGCAGCCACAGGCAGAUCCCUCUCAACAGGUGGAGCAACAGCAGAAGGAGAGGGGACAUCUGCUCCUGAGGGAAUUGAUAACAUAGACGCAGAUUUACCACUUCCUCCACCUCCUCCCCUAAACGAUGAUGAUGCAGAGACAGAUCCUGGAGAAACAGUCAGAGAAGGCCAGGAUGUUCCCAUCAAUGACCCUAGCACUCUUCCGCCAGUACCCAGGAGCUCCUCUCAGGGCAAAGUCAAUCCUUACUCUGUGAUUGACAUUACCCCUCUCCAACUGCAGCAGCUGGAGCAGCACCAUGGACCCUCCUCUUCCCCUUCCACACCAGUAGAGCUGAAGGAAGAAGCAGGAGAAGCUCAGGAUAUCCACUCCAGCCCUGGUGGCAUCACUUCAGGAUACUCAGUGCCGGUUCCCUGUGGCUAUGCAACCCCCUCGGGUGUACCACUCAUCACACCAACUUACACCACACCCGUCAUCAUUCGACACCUCUCCGUGGAUGAGGAUGUCACUGUUGUUGGGACUGGCAACACCUCUGUGGACAGUGUUUUCAGUGAGGAAUAUCCACCAAUAAGAGAGGAGGAUGCUUUGGCUAAAUGGGCAUCAGAUCCUGCCAACACUGCAUGGAUGGAAAAUCCUGAUGAGGUGAUUUAUGAUGACGUGCCCAGAGACAACUCAGACUCCAACACAGAUCCAGAGGAGAUGAUCUACGAUGACGUCGAGUUCGGUGAGGAGGGUGGCUGCAACAGUUCCCUCGACAACGGCUGGAGCUCGAGUGAGUUUGAAAGCUAUGACGAGGCGAGUGACGGGGAAGGUCGCGCUGAAAACGGCCUGCCCCAUGCCUUCAUGAGAGGAAAGCCACCGCAGAGGAAAACACACCUCUCUCAAGAUCUGACACGCUUGAAAGAACACUAUGAGAAAAAGAUGAAAGAUCUAAUGGCAAAUACAGUGGGAACGGUAGAGCUACAGCAGCUAAAACAGAAACACGAGCAGAAGAUGCAAAAGCUGGUGAAGGCAGCUAAGGAUGGGACCAAAGAUGGGCUUGAGAAAACCAAAGCUGCGGUAAAGAAGGGACGCUCUUUCAUCAAAACCAAGUCAUUUUGUCAAGAGAGGAAGUCGGCCUGUUUUGAGGAUGAGGAGUCUGAGCUCUUCAUUGAGGUGGACUGUUUCAAUGUGGAGCCAGUUCUGUGUCCAGCACCAGAGGGUCUUUCACAGCAACAGCUGGUGAGAAGAUGUAUACUGGGAUCUAUUUUGGAAAGUGAGAAGAACUAUCUGGACGCACUGAAGAGGAUAUUAGAGCAAUACGAGAAGCCCCUGUCUCAGAUUGAGCCGAAGCUGCUGAGCGACAGGAAACUGAAGAUGACCUUCUAUCGUGUGCGGGAGAUCCUGCAGAGCCACUUCCUGUUCCAGAUCGCCCUGGCAAGCCGUGUCGCUGAGUGGGACAGCCUGGAGAUGAUUGGGGAUGUCUUUGUGGCAUCGUUCUCCAAGUCCAUGGUGCUGGAUGCCUACAGUGAGUAUGUGAACAACUUCAGCACUGCGAUGGCGGUGGUGAGGAAGACGUGCGCCUCCAAACCUGGCUUCCUGGAAUUCCUCAAGCAUCGUCAGGAGAGCAGUAGUGACAGAGUGACUCUGUACAGCCUGAUGAUGAAACCUAUCCAGAGAUUUCCACAGUUCAUUCUGCUUCUUCAGGACAUGCUGAAGAACACACCAGUGGGUCAUGCAGACCGUCUGCCCCUGCAGAUGGCCCUGACCGAACUGGAGACACUGGCAGAGAAGCUCAAUGAAAAGAAGAGGGAAGCUGACCAGCGCUGCGAGAUCCGUCACAUUGCAAAGGCCAUGAACGAACGCUACCUCAACAAGCUUCUGAGCAAUGGCAGCCGCUACCUGAUCCGCUCAGACGACAUGGUGGAGACGGUCUACAACGAGCGUGGUGAAAUCAUCAAAACUAAGGAGCGACGCCUCUUCCUGCUCAACGAUGUCCUCAUGUGCGCCACACCCAAUAUACGAUCUCAGGAUGGCAGUGGCAGUGGUAAUGGCAAUGUCUCACUCGACCAGAAGUUCCUCCUGAAGUGGAGCGUGCCUUUGAGCUUCGUGGAGGUGCUAGAGUUUGGAUCCAGCGAGGACAUGGCCGAGAACAGCCACUACCCAGCACCCCAUUCUGGGGAGAAGGUGGUCAUCAACGCUAAGCCAAACAAGUUGUACAUGGGCCCAGGUCAGCUGUACCAGGACCUGCAGAACCUGAUCCAUGACCUCAGCCUGGUGAACCAGAUCUCCAGCAUGAUCUGCAGCCUCAAGGGCAAUUACCAGAAUGUAAAUCCCGCAGUGGCCCAGGACUGGGUAUCAGGUCUCCAAAGGCUCAUCAUGAAGAAGGAGGAGGAGAUCAGGGCAGCUGACCGGUGUCGGAUCCAACUCCAGCUGCCUGGAAAACAUGACAAGUCGGGUAAACCCACUUACUUCAGUGCAGUGUUCAAUACUCUCAGCCCAGCAGUCAAGCAGUCAUGGAUCAGUAACCUGCAGAUGGCAAAGCUGGCACUAGAGGAGGACAACCUGCAGGGCUGGUUCUAUGCGGAGGAUGAUGGGAAUCACAUCAAAAAGCAGAAGCAUCCUCUCUUGCUCCGGCAAAUGCCUGUGGUCAUGUCAAAACUACAGGAGUUCAAGGUGGAAUGUGCUGUUCAUAAUCCAGAGCCCCACAUCAACAUGGAGAGCACAGCGGACACUCCUGUCGUGGGCCAUGGCUGUGUCUGGGUUGCUAGUUGCACCAACCAGAUGGGACAGCUCGCUAUAGUUGCCAUGCAGAACUCCAGCCCGAAGGUGACUGAGUGUUUCAAUGUGGAGUCUCGUAUCCUCUGCAUGGCCUACGUCCCUGCAGAGCAGCCUCAGGAGAACGGAGAGAAGGGCCCUGAAAACAACCACAUCCUUACAACGAGGGCCAGUGAUACCCCCAGUGUUUGUCUGGGAAUGGAGGAGGGCAGCAUCAUUGUCUAUAAGAGCAGCCAGCGGUCCAAGAAAGUCCGCCUACAGCAUUUCUUCACCCCUGACAAGUCCACCGUCACCAGCCUGGUCUACAAGAAGCACUGUCUGUAUGCCGGCCUGGUCAGCGGCUCUGUGGCUGUGUACUCCAGAUCACAAGAUGGCUUGUGGAGCUCUGAGAAACCUAAAGUGCUAAAGCUGGGAGUCCUCCCAGUCAAGGCCAUGCUGGCUGUGGAGGAGCACCUCUGGGUGUCAUCAGGUGGACAGGUGUUCAUCAUCAGCAGCCACACACACUGUGUAGAGAGGCAGCUGGAGGCCCAUCAAGAAGAGGGCAUGGUGGUGUCCCACAUGGUGGUGGCUGGGGUGGGGAUCUGGAUCGCCUUUAGCUCUGGAUCCACUCUGCGUCUUUUCCACACAGAGACCCUGGAGCACCUACAGGACAUAAACAUAGCCACUCCUGUCCACAAUACACUGCCAGGGAACCAGAGAGUGUCAGUGAGUAGUCUGCUGGUCUGUCAUGGUCUGCUGCUGGUAGGGACCAACCUUGGGGUGACUGUGGCCCUCUCUGUUCCCAGACUGCAGGGGAUCCCCAAAGUCACAGGUCGGGGUAUGGUAUCCCUUCACGCUCACAACGGACCAGUAAAGUUCCUCACUGUGGCUGCUGCAGUGUGCAACCGGCCCUGUGUCCAGCAAUCCUCCACCCCUCCCACCUCAGUUCAGCCGACAGAUACAGAGGACGGGGAGAACAGCCACCCCCCCUCAGAUUCAGCCCCGACUCCACCUCAGGGACGGGGUGUGUGGCUGGGAGAGGCAGGCUGUACCACCAUGGCUCUCCAGGACUCCCUGUCCUCUUCCUGCGGCUCCUUAGCUCCAUCCCAGGGCUCCUUGGAGCACGGGCCCGAGGACGGCGCCCUUUACGACUUGCUCCAUGACCCCGCCCAUCACCAGAGAGGCCGCCGAUCCAGCAAGGUGGACGUCAGCUCUCUGCUGGUGGUGUCUGGAGGGUUGGGCCACCGCAAGGUCAACAAAAAGACCAAACAGUCUAGGCACGAGGACACCACAUCUUCCAUCAUGAUCUGGCAGAUCCCCUUACUCAACAUGUGACACAAAAGCAAGUUUGAACAAAAGUGCUGCUCACAGGGAGAUUUGUUGUUACACUCGACAGAACAUUUCGAUCACAUCAGAACAACUUAAUGCCUUUUUGAAACAAGAAGUGCAUCAAAAACUUUCCACAGUAUUCCCCUGAUGUUUGUAAAGGAUGUCUGCGACCACGGAAACACAAUGGAUCCAUAUAUAACCACUCAAUCAUGAUGCUUUACUGCAAGAACAACUCUCCACAGACCAAUGAAAAGAUAUACUGUACUUGUUAAGGAUAUAUUUGUUUAAAAAAAACACUGAAAGGUCUUUAAUUUCAUGGUCUCAUAAAGUCUGUUGUUGUCUGUAACAUGGCUAAUAGUUUACUCUCCAGUGUUAGUGCCAUACAAGGUGACUGUAUAAGGACUGCAGUAUUUAAAAACAGUGUUGAAAAGAAAACAGACUUAGUUCUGCUUGAGAGGCGCAUAAGGUAUUGAUGAGGCUUUGAAUCUUUGACAUGAAAGUUCGAUCAAAAUUAGGAUCAUGUUGUGGCCUGAUCUUAUGUUAUCUGUAAAGGCACGAGUUGUAAAUAUCAAGUUUGACAACUCAGGAUUACGUGUGUGUCUGAGUUUUGGGUAAGAGAAAGUUUCAGUGUUUCUAUGGAAUCCAAUCAUUCUACUAUCGCACCAGCUGUUAACAAAGGAAAGGGAUGAAAAAAAGCAGACAUAUUGAUGACUGAAAUAAUAUGAGAAGGCUUGAUGAGAAUCUCUGGCUGGCCAGGUUUCUAUUCAAAAAGGGAUGUAAGAGUUGUUAUUACAAGGACAUUUUUAUUUCCCCUCAUGCAUCUUUGUUUCUCACAUAAGGAUAUUUAAAAAAAAACACAAAAAGCUUUAUACAUUUAUAACUAUUUCUUUGUAUUACUGUUAUUUGUAUUAACAAAUUCAUAAACUUUUAUUGACUA